CGUGGAGAACGACAACUUUAAUUCAAACGCCAGACUUUGUCAGAGAGAGUGAAGACUUAAUCUGAACCACCAGGCCACAGAGGUAACCAAGGCCUUCCUCACAAUGAAGUUUUCUUUUGCUCUGGCCUUUGCAUUUGUUCUCCCUCUCAUCAAGGCUCAGGUGCCCCACUGGGGACCAUGUCCAGAACCAUCUGUUCAGCCUGCGUUCAACCUCAAACAGUUUAUGGGGAGAUGGUUUGAAAUUGCCAGACUGCCAGCCCAGUUUGAGAAGGGCCGCUGCAUUGAGACCAAUUUCUCUUCGAGGGCAGACAAGUCCAUUCGAGUGGUCAGCUCUGAAAUACUAAAAGGAGAGCUGAGGAAAAUCGAAGGGACUGGAGUCGUUGAGGACAUGAAGAAUCCUGCCAAGCUGGGAAUAAGUUAUUCAUAUGUGUUGCCCUACUCUCCUUACUGGAUCCUGUCCACUGACUACGUCAACACGGCCCUGGUAUAUUCCUGCACAGACAUCUUGAGGCUAUUCCAUGUCGACUUCGCCUGGAUCCUGGCCCGAACACGAACACUCCCAGAAGCCACCGUGGAGAAAGCCAGGGAGACCUUUGAAAACAAUAACAUUGAUAUGACCAGGAUGAUUGCCACCAAGCAGCAGGGCUGUGACAAAGAUCUGUGAGCAGCGGUGGAAAAAUAACACAAAAUGGCGCUAUUGGUGACAAAGAAGAAGAGGAUUAGUGUAGUAGACUCAGUUGUUACUCAGUUUGUGUCGGCUUGAAAGAGUUUCCCAACCUUUUAAAGACAAAAUCAAUGUUUACAGAAGAAAAUGACUCUACCCUUAUUGCUAUGAGGUUGGUGUUAGCAUAUAAGAUAUGUUUUCAUUUACCAGCAAUGCUGUUCAUUUUGUUGAAUGGAAAACAUUAAGUAAAUGGUUGCAGAAUAAAAUCUUUUUUCCCACUAAUUAGAUACAUAAGAUUGUAAUUAAAUAAAAUCACUAAAAAUCA